AUGGCGGACAGUGAGCGUCGCGCAAAGCGUUCUCGUUUUGAUCAAACAGAGGCAGAACCUCGAAGACAAUCAAGAUUUGACCGACGUUCGCGAUCCCCAUCUGCUCGGAAUUCAGAUUCCGCACGGGAGCGAAGCCCACUGAGCAGGGAACCGCGAAGCCCUGGAAACGACGACAACCGGAAGUCCGCAUCCGCCGAUCCAACUGCUGCUGCAGCUGCCGCUGCUGCGAAGAUAAAUGCUGAGCUUCAGGCGAAAAAAGGAUAUCAGCACAUGAACGUGCCACCAGUUCGUUCUACUGCUAGCCCAGCGGCGAAGUCUGCUUCUCCAGGUGCGGAGAGUGCACGCAACGUAAAUGGCGAAGUUUACAUGGCAGACGGAGACUAUAUAAAAGAUAUCGAAGUCAACGACCUCCGAAACCGGUACACACUGACUAAGGGUGCAACCCAGAGGAUGAUUAAAGAUGAAACUGGCGCCGAUGUUACGACCCGAGGGAGUUAUUUCCCUGAUAAAAGCAUGGCUACGGCUGCGAACCCCCCGCUUUAUCUUCACGUAACGAGCACCACCAAGGAGGGUCUUGACAAGGCAGUCGCCAAAAUAGAGGAAUUGAUGAAACAAGAACUGCCCAACCUUGUUGACGAGCGGAGGUUUCGUCGCAGAGAACCAGAGCCGCAAGUGGAACGGGAUGAAUACGGUCGACGGAAAUGGCCUGAGGAACGGAUUCCUGUUGACCUGGAGCCUAUCCCGGGUUUUAAUCUUCGUGCUCAGGUAGUUGGCCAAGGUGGCGCGUAUGUUAAGCAUAUUCAGCAGGAGACGCGUUGCCGAGUUCAGAUCAAAGGACGUGGCUCUGGUUUCACAGAACAUAGCACCGGUAGAGAAAGUGAUGAACCUAUGUAUUUACAUGUCGCUGGUCCAGAUCCGAAGGAAGUCCAAAAUGCCAAAGCGCUUUGCGAAGACCUCCUCGCUAACGUGAGGGAGCAAUAUGAGAGGUUUAAGGAGCAGCCGCCACCACCACAACGGUCGUAUGGUGGAGGUGGUCACCAUACUGGCGGGUAUGGGCGCGAUCGUUCCCAUUAUGGGGGUGGGAGUUACGGGGGGGCCGGCGGCAGUUACGGGAACUACUCUUCUCCGCAGACACCCAUGAGUCCCUCUGCCAAUGCCACACCUGCCACUGAUGCUGGCGCAACUUCCCAAGUUGCACCGGCGACAGGCCACUCUGCCGCAGACUACAGCCGCAUGUAUUCUCAAUAUAUGACAGGCCAAGAUCCAUACGCAGCGUGGGGUGGGUAUCAAAAUUAUGUCGCGUAUUACCAGCAGUAUUAUCAGCAGCAGCAGCAGCAGCAGCAGCAGCAGCAGCCGCCGCCGCCGCCACCGCCACCACAAGGUUCUGCUCCCCCUCCUCCACCGCCUCCGGCUUCUGAAGCCCCACCACCUCCUCCGGCUCCAGGAUCAGGUACACCUCCUCCACCGCCUCCACAGUCAUCGUCUGGGGGAUAUAAUGCCGUAUGA